CACAGAGAUAACAAUUUAUGCCUUAAGAUACAAAGUAUAGCGUCUAAUGUAGAAGACCUAGAAAAGUCUGCUGUUUUUUAGUUUUUGAAGGAUUAUAGCGAGCAAGGGUCGUCUUCACGAAACUACCGGCUUUCGUGCUCUCGAAACUCGCGUGUACGUUUUGCGCAAUCUAGCGGCGACCACACGGCCACAGCAAGUAGACGCAACCAAGGACGAACAGCGUGAGUCUACUGUAGUGAAAAAAGGCCGUCUUCCAGUGAAGGCUUGCUGCGUAAAAGGGACAGUGCCUACAGAGAAGGCUUUCCUGCUUCCAGCGACUUGCAAUAUCGAAACGAACAGUCUAACGUCUACGCAGCACUAAAAUCUGGGGAGCAACACUUUAUUUAGCAAGGAUAGAGGUACAAAGAUCUUCUGGAGAAGCUCGUCAUCUCAGUCAUCAGGGACUAAGUAACAGUUACACCUUCAUCAUCUCCUUUCAAGUAAAAGUGCUAGUACGAGUACGUACUACAACUACUUCAACUACUCACGACUGUACUACUUCAACUUGUUGUCUACUACUUCAACUCACGCCUGUACUACUUAAAGUUCCACACGCACACACUUGUUGUCUACUAUUUCAACUUGUUGAUGUCUACGAGUACUUCCAUUUUGUACUCUGUCUUCUAGGUAAAGGUACUACUAGCACAGAGCAGGAGGUACAACAAGAACAAGAACUUCAACUUCUUCUACCAUGGGAGCAGCCGAGAGCAGUACUCCUGCUCCUGCGACGGGAGGGCAGACAACGCCUGCAGUGUUUGUCAUCCGUAAUGGGCGUUACGAGGCCUCCACCGAACCACAAACGAAUGCUUUGUCUCUGAUCUUAAGGCUAAUAUGAUAAGUAGGCUCUUUGCUUUCAUCUAAUCUUAUACAACUAUGGUCAUUAUCCUCCAGGAUUCCUGAGUACUUAUGUUGAAUUGUGUAGAACUCAAACUCUGUCCCAAUGUCGUUAGACAGGACGUGGACAGAGGUAUCAUGACAUGAGUACUUACUUGAUGAACUUAGUUAGUGCUAGUAUUCUUGACAUGAUAGAUUGAGUACAAGAGCUAGCUGUACAACUAGCUGAGUAACAUGAUAGAUUGAGUACAAGAGCUAGCUGUAGCUGAGUAAGACAAGCCAUUCAAGUUGUGUUUAGAACUCCACCUGUCCUCAGCAAGACUACUUGUUCUUUUUAACAUCUUCUUCCUCUACAAUCCUCUAUCUCUUCUAAUACUAGGAAGGACAGUUCAAUCCUCUAUCUCUUCUAAUACUAGGAAGGACAGUUCAAUGCUCUAUCUCUUCUAAUACUAGGAAGGACGCAAGUUCCAAAGUUGCCGCCGCCUGAAUUCAAGAAGACGCAGCUCAUCAAAUCUCCACUCCAUCUGCACCGCACUUUGCUCAAAUUAAGGCCACCUCACUCAAAUUAGCCGGUAGCAAAUUAGCGCGUAAGAGUCGCCAGGGACAGGGUCGUUGCCGAGUAGGUUCCUCCAUGCUGUCUUCCACUUGUCUGCUGCUUGUGAAACGUAACUCGCCCCCAUUGGUGGCCAGAAAAUUUUUCUGAAGUCUCCAAGUCCAAGCCCAAGAUGGCUAUGUAAAUGUAACAUCCCACCAACAUGUGGGCUAACUGUAUGCUGAAGAGAAGUGUUGAGUAGUGGCUCCUCACUAUCUUCCCACGAUGAUGAUCGAUGUGCUUUGGGAAUCCAUCUUCAGAAGCAUCUAAUCAAAGUAGAAGUAGUACACUCCGAAAAUGCAGGAGGGAAUGUUGGGAACGGGACUGGCGGCGUCGGUGGAGGGAGAAAAGCUGCUUUUAUGUUGAAACCAAGCGAUGAAAAAUUAUCAGCAUCAGGGCCGCAGUUCUUGUAAUUUUCUGCGUUGUACUAGAAGCAAGUACAACUAAAUAAUCGCGAAGAUUUUAUUAUUUCUUAGAUCACUGAAGAGACUGAUCGUAUUCAUCCUCGUAACAGCAGGAACAACAUGUUGAUAAACCACUAUAUCAUUAAUAUACGCUAUUAAAUGAUCAAGAAAUUCAAACUCAAAGCCUCCUCUCUAAGAUUACCAGCAGUAAGCCCAGCAGCAAGCUAGCACCUGGGGAAGCACAAGCCAUGAUCUCGAUUGGGGAUGACAGCGAUUUCGAAAUCGCCAGCUCAGUGUGCUCCUCGACCCAAGAUGAUGUAGUGAGCCCUCAAGUUACGACUUCUGUAGAAUGGACUUCGACUUACAUAAUGUGCGAAAUUAAUGCUUGUUAGUUUAUGAUCUAGACGUAUAAUGACUCAGUCUCAAUAAUUCUUCUAGUUCUUGUUGUAGUUGUACUUCUAAAUACCUUCUUGUUAAAAAUGUUUCCUUUGUAGCUCUUGAUGUGCCGUUUGAAUUCUGAUCAUUCUCACGCUGCAUGCCGAUAUUACGCUGCAGAGAAAGGGGGAAAGAACAUUCACAGACCCUACCUAAAUAAAAACAAACAGUACUAGUACUAGUUUUCUCUCAAAAACAGCUUCCAUCUCUUAAAAACACCUUCUCUAAAUACUGAAAAGGCUCCUCGAGGUCCUCAGGCGGAACGAUCUAUCUCACGAUCGGAUUCGAUUCCCUAUGUCCUGCAGGCGUGAGCGUGACAUGCCAGGACGAUGGCCCCUUUCCCUUCUCGACUCUCCACGUCACAAGACCCAGAGGACUCAAACAAACGGUAACAGACUUUUAGAAGUACUAUAUUGGAAGAAGCUAGCAUAAGUACCCAUGGUUUUAGCUGCACAGCAUCGCAGAUGAAGAAGAUCAUGAACCUCUACUCGUACAACGUACUACCUAUCUCUCUACCUACUUAAACUUACCUACCUGUUCUAUCUAAAUCUUCUAGCUAACAAUUAUGUUUCUUCAAUAUGAACAUCAUUGUUAGGUUCGUUUUGCCGUUGGGCCGGCCGAUCGCGUGCCAGCGGAUGGCGUUAAACUAAAGGUAAAUUUAUUUCGGGACCUCACACGAUGCAAGCAAGCUUCUGAUAUACACGGCCAGAUAUCGCAUUUGAGGAUUUUGCCAGCAACUUCUUUUAUGCCUUGUUGAUGUUGUCUACUGAUUCUUGGGUGAAUUUUUUAGUAUGCAAAUAAUUCAAGUACCUAGUUGUAGCAGUGAGAAGUUAGUAUGUAAAUGGUGCAUAUUCCAGUUCAUCUCUGUUGUUUCCCGGGAAUCUGCAGUGGAGAUUCCCUUUUAUGCAAUUGCAAAUUCGCACAGUCACUUAAGAUUCUAGUACCAGGGCUGACGCAGGAGGUGAUGGUCGAUUAUGAAUAGUACACAUGCAUCAUUUGUUCUACUAACUUAAACUUUCUAGUGGUUCUUCUACUUUAUUGUAAAUGUGCGCCUUCUAACAUGAUGCCAAGUACGAUCUCCACUACUAGCGCAGCAGCAGGAGAGCAGCUGCAGCAGCAAAACGCAUCUUCUCCUCUCCGUGUUGAGUUAGUGAGACAGGCUCUUCAAUAUGACGCGCCACAGUCUGGAGCUCUGUCUUCCUCUGGGUGCAACGAUUUGCUGAAUCAAAAUGACCUUGAAGAUGACAUCAAGGCAGGAGAUCAUAAUUUGGAGAAAAGGCGUUUGCUGCAACUACACUCAGAAAACAAGGGAGGACCUCAAUCUGGUGAAGAAGAACAUUAAGGCGUUUGUUUUUUACGUAGCUUAGAUAGUAUCAAAUCACUCUGGAGUGGGAAUGGAUUUACUACUACUACUAGCUACUACUACUACUAGAUAGUAUCAAACCACUCUAUGAUGUUGAUCUCUUCUAUUCAUCUCUAAGAAUCCUUGUGGGAUAUGCAAGAGGUAUUUGGCGUGAAGAAUCUGGAUGGAGGAGAUAGCAGUGAGGAAUCUGGAUGCGCCCCUUGCCAAGAAGAGAUGUGCAUUAUCUGUAUGAGCGAUCCAAGGGACACCCUAGUGCUGCCGUGUCGACAUAUGGCGUUUUGCAGUAUUGUUAUUAUUUUGUAAAGAUCUUGCUCUUCCUGGUCUUCUUCGCAUCAUGAUUUUGGAUUAUUUCUCUUUUGACAUCAAUAGUACUAAGAAAAUAGUUGUAUUUGUAUAUUGUCUAUUGGAUGUUCUUGAUGCGGUUGUAAAAGCAGAUUUGAUUGCAUCGGAGUGCAGCAUUGGACAUGGAUAGUAGAGCACAUAUUGAUUCAAGGUCCUCCCUUACUUACUACGCACACGUUCGAACAGCCUCUAUAAUUCCUUAACAAGAUUCAAGGUCUCCCUAAACAAGUACCCAUUCAACAACUAUGAUCACUCAAAGAAAUAUCUCCACCAAACAAAAAAAAACCAGCUGAGUGCGCAGAGGUGAUGCGACACCAGUGUGAAAAGUGCCCCAUCUGUCGGCAAAAUGUAAGCAGUCUACUUCGAUUUGAACGGGAACAACCUAAGGAGCCAGCCGCUGCAACUCGCAGCUUGAUGGAUAUCUAA